UGUUUCAUCAAUACAGAAAAUAUUGAACUAUCAAUCUGUAAGGUCUUGUGAUCAGAUAUUGUGAAAGUCAUGACCAGAUCAAAAAAGCAAGACUCUACCACUCACUGACAAAUUUCGGGAAGGUUUAUAGAAUUGCUAGGGAACUCACUUUCGCGGAUAAUCCGCACCGCUGAUCAAUCGCUCACGGAUAAUCGAGGUUCUACUGUAGUUGAUAAUCAAAUACUGGACCAAAAAAGUCACAUGUUUUCGUGUUUUCUACACAUAUGUGCUUCGUCAUUAAUAAUCUUGAUUUUAAAUGUAAACGUCUAUGCGUCACACAGUCACUACAGAUCCGAGACACGCGAUUUUUUUUCCAAAUAGCGCUUAAAAUCAUCAAUUACUCAAUGGACGUGCUGGAUUGGUAGCCAAAAACCAUCAUACCAAAUACGUCAAUUUCAGCAUUUAAAACCAAAUAUUAAUUGAUAGGUUCAUUGAUACUGUAACGAAUCCUGUUUGAAUUCCCAAUUAUCUAAUGCUAUUCCUGAAUCAUACCGUCUGGACUAUUCUCGUCUGGAAAAUCAACGACAUAUUCGAACGCUCGUGUAGGGUAUAGCUAAUGCUUUUGUAGUCGCGAGAUACUUACAAGGUUCAGGCAGCGAAUUUUUUUCAUCUUCAAUGUUCAUAUUAUUUGGGAAAGAUGCAGUGGUUUCAGUCAACAAGUUCGAAAGUUGCAUCGUGAGAAUAGCUAAAACAAUGGAACAUUUACGCGUAAGUCGGAAAACAAAAUAUAACUGGCGACUGUUUACACUGACAAUUCGGAUGACGUCAUCAAAAAAAAAAGUCACAGGAGGGUUGUGUCCGAGACACGACCGCAUAGUUGACGUAGGAUUCCGUUGGGCUAUAUGUUGAUUUUGGAUACGUUUGAAGAAUUACAUCGUUAAACUCUUUGAUAAUGAUUUGAUGGCCCUGAAAAGGGCAAUUUUGUUUGAUUGUUGGAUAUUGUUAGUUCACUCCACCAGUGUUUACCGAGUAGUGAUGACAGAAAGAUGGUAAACAGUCGUUGGAUGGUGCGUAUCAGAUAAAAGAUACCGAAGUGGAACGAGAUAUGAUGAAAACCGCCCUCUGUGAUCCUAGACGAGAUGCCUCCUAUGCCUGGAAUACAACGCCAUCCGCCAUCUUAUUGGGAUUCUUUGUUCCUGCAAGGAAGAAUCUGGAAUCGAGGCUUCAUUCCUUUGUUCCUGAAAAAAGUGGUGGAUCAUUAUUUCGGAAAUUUAUCCGAACAAUCGGCUGAGAAUCCGGCUCCGGAGAAUAAUUUCGUAAAUUCAAUAAUUCCGUCGGCAAGGGUCGUACGGCUGUAUCGGUGAGUCAUUUUGAUCUUAUUAUUUUUUUUUUUAUUGUGAGAGGCUAAUUAGUUUUUUUAUUUAAUUUUGUUUGCCUCGUGUUUUCCAAAUAAACGAAUUCUUCGAAUAUUCCGAAGAUUUUUUUUUUCAAAUUUUCUAUAAAAUGAGCCAAGGUAUGGCAUCUUCAAUCGAACCGUAUCGUAAAGGUACGUCGUUCGGGGACUGGGCGGAUCGUUUGGCGUACACGUUCGACGCUAAUGACUUGUCAGCCGCUAAACGGAAGUCCCAUUUUAUGAACCUUUGUGGUCCAUUUGUGUAUUCACAAUUGAAGUUAUGUUAUAGAAAGGAUGAAUUAGAUUCGGCUAACUACGAUGAAAUUGUCGUAAAAUUGAAACAAAAGCUAGAUAAAACAGAACCAGAUUUGGUUCAUCGCUUUCGCUUUAGUCACAGGGCUCAGCAGCCCGAUGAGUCGGCUGAAGAUUUCGUACAAGCAGUAAAGCUUCAGGCGGAAUUUUGCGGUUUCGGUGAAUUUAAAAACGUUGCAAUUCAAGACAGAGUGCUAGCUGGUCUCCGGGAUGAGGACUUGAAGCAAUUAUUAUUGAAGGAAGAAAGUUUGAUAAUAGAAAAAAUGGAUAAACUUAUUACAACAUGGAAUAUAGCAAAGAAUAAUGAGCAUACAUUCAAUAAUAAUUCGAACCGUUUUGUACAGCAAAGUUAUUAUCCUUACGAACAAAGAGUGAAUCAAAUUAGACGUCCGAUUCAACAAAGGUUGGGUUUUCCCACGAACAAUAAUUUGAAUAGGGAUUCUUUUGCUCAAAGGAACAAUGCCAUAAAUGGUGUGAAUAAGUUUCAACACAACAAUUCACGGAGAAUUAAUGGGUACAACAAUAGAAACAAUUACAACAAUGGGAAUGGACGGAAUAAUUUCUACAGGUUUAAACAUAAUUAUGCUGACAUGAUAUGUGAUCACUGUUGGGUCAACGGGCACAUAAAAAGGAAGUGUUUCGCUUUGAAAAAUUUGAAGAGAGAUGCGGUGAAGUUUGUAGAUACGACUAAACCAGGAACGAGUGGAGAGCAACAGCUGAUAUCCUUGUUGGGAAAAAUGACGACUACUGACAGUGACGACGACUUCGAGGAGUGGAAUCCAGGUGAAUUAGAAUGCAUGCAUAUUGGGUCCGUAAAUAAAAUUAGUGAACCUUGCUUGAUUAAUGUCUUAAUUGAAAAUAUAAUAAUUAAAAUGGAAGUUGAUUGUGGGUCAACGGUGACAGUAAUGGGCAAAAAUAAAUAUUACAAUAUAUUUAGAAAACCUUUAAAUAAUUCUAACAAACAACUUCAGGCGGUGAACGGCUAUAAACUAAAAGUUGAAGGUGAAAAAAAAUGUGUUAGUUAAACUGAAUGGUAUUGAACAUAGCUUGAAAAUUAUUGUUUUAGACUGUGAUUACAGUUUUAUUCCUUUAUUUGGCAGAAAUUGGCUCGAUGUGUUCUUUCCUCGAUGGAGGCAAUUUUUUUCUAAUGAAAUUUUGUUACACGAACAAGUGAACAGCUUAAAUACACUUAAUUUGAAUAAUGAGGUUACACAAAUUAAAAAUAUUUUUGCAGAAGUGUUCAUUAAAGAUUUUUCGACACCGAUCAAUUGUUUUAAAGCGGAUUUGGUGGUAAUUAGCGAGAUUCCAAUUUUCAAAAAGGCCUAUGAAGUACCUUAUAGGUUAAGAGAUAAAGUUUUAGCCUACUUAAAUAAAUUAGAAAAAGAGAAUGUGAUAACUCCGGUAGAAACCAGCGAGUGGGCAUCACCUGUGAUUGCAGUAAUGAAGAAAAAUGGACAGAUUAGACUCGUUAUUGAUUGCAAAGUGUCGAUUAAUGAAGUGUUAAUACCGAACACAUAUCCUUUACCAUUGGCUAGCGAUUUAUUUGCUAAGUUGGCAAAUUGUAAGGUAUUUUGUUCGUUGGACCUUGAAGGAGCGUACACACAGCUUGCUUUAAAUGAACGGUCAAGAAAAUUUAUGGUUAUCAAUACUAUUAAAGGCUUAUUUAUAUAUAAUCGUUUACCACAGGGUGCUUCUUCUAGUGCAUCAAUUUUCCAACAUGUUAUGGACCAGGUGUUGGAUGGAAUAUUCAAUGUUUAUUGCUAUCUUGAUGAUGUUUUAAUUGCAGGUAAAGACCUGAAUGAUUGUCGUAAUAAGCUGGUAAUCGUUUUAGAAAGGCUUGCAAAGGAAAAUAUUAAACUAAAUUUUGAGAAAUGCAAAUUUUUUGUUCCGGAAUUGAAAUAUUUGGGACACGUUAUUAGUGCAAAAGGUUUAUUACCUAGUCCAGAUAAAAUUUUAACUAUACAAGAAGCAAAAUUACCUAAAAAUAUAAAUGAGUUGAAAUCAUAUUUAGGCCUGAUCAACUAUUACAAUAGAUUUGUGGCUAAUAUGUCUUCCAAGUUGUAUUAUUUGUAUAACUUGUUGAUGAAGAAUGUUAAAUUUGUUUGGGACAAUAAUUGCGAAAAAGCUUUUCAAGAUAGUAAUCAAUCAUUGAUUUCAGCCAACAUUUUAGAAUUUUACGAUCCUAGGAAGGACAUUGUUGUUGUGUCAGAUGCUUCGGACUAUGGUCUUGGUGGCGUAAUUGCGCAUAUAGCUAUCAGUUUAGCUUCAGCUUCUUUUACGUUAAAUGACGCGCAGAAAAGGUAUCCAAUUCAUCAUUUAGAAGCUUUAGCUUUAGUUUGCACGAUAAAGUAAUUUCAUAAAUAUUUGUAUGGACAAAGGUUUAUACUGAUCACAAACCGUUAAUAGGAUUUUUUGGGAAAGAAGGCAAGAAUUCAAUAUGCGUGACAAGACUCCAAAGAUAUGUGCUUGAACUUGCUAUUUAUGAAUUUAAAAUUCAAUAUAGACCUUCUGCUAAAAUGGGCAAUGCGGAUUUUUGUUCGAGAUUCCCAUUGGAGCAGUCGGUUCCCAAUGAAAUUGACCUAGAGUUUAUAAAGAGUAUCAAUUUCAGUAAAGAUUUCCCAAUAGAUUUUGUAACGAUUGCCAAAGAGACGAAUAAUGAUGAAAAUUUACAACAAAUUAUGACAUUUUUGCAUGUUGGAUGGCCGAAAAAGUUAGACAAACGCUUCAUGGACUGUAAAUCUAGGGAAUGUGAACUCCCUAGAUGCUUGCAAUUAAAGCAAGACUUUUCGCUCGUCCUCUCUCGAGCGCUUACCAUGAGCUGCUGCUAUUUCAUCGAUUACAAUUUUAUAUUUCGAACUUCGCUCUUCAAGUUCGUUCAGAUUUGCGUGUUCUCCUGUCUCCACCUCAGCUUUCCAUUGAUCAUCUUCGGCCGUCCAUCCUCGCUCAUGUCUUGCCGCAUACUCUUCAUCAUGCUGUUUCCAUCUAGCAUAAAGCGCGACUUUUUCGGCCUGGCAUUCGUUAUCCAGAAGUCUCAGACAUUUGAUGGAUAAACGAGCUAGUUCAACGGAUGACAAUAUUUUAAUUUCGUUGUG